AAUGUUUGCUUUACAAUAGUCUUUCUCGAUCCGUUGGCCGCAACGGUGGUGUCAGUUUGCAAGGGCAUACCAAAUUAUCGCAAAAUGAUGUUUCGUGGUGUGAACCGGUCCCAAUGGAGUCUUGCUCUCAUUAGUAUUGUGUGGUGGACAGUAUCAAGUGUAGUAGCUCUGGAACUGGGUGAAAGCUGUGUAAAUCCUGCAGGACAAUCAGGCAAAUGUAUUCUCUUCCGAGAAUGCGAACCACUUAUUGACAUCUACAAUAAACCGAUCAAGACACACGAGGAUACAGAGUUUCUAACGCAGAGUCAGUGUGGUAUGCUGCAAUGGAAAUCUUUGGUAUGUUGUGCAGCCUCCAGUCAGAGAUCUUCAUUGCCAGAGCCUCCGCACUGCGGCGUACCUUUGUUCGAUCGUCUCCUUAGUGGUCAGCCUACACAGAUCAAUGAGUUUCCGUGGACGGCGUUGAUCGAGUUUCAGAUGUAUAACGGAAGCUUUAGUUUCCAUUGUGGAGGGACACUUAUCAAUGAGCGUUAUGUUGUUACUGCUGCACAUUGUAUGAUGUCGACAAGGCGUCUCUGGAAGGUCCAUCGUGUACGACUUGGUGAAUGGAAUUUAGCAAAGGUCAAAGAUUGUCAGGAUGGCAUCUGUUCUAAUGCGCCGAUCGAUAUGGACAUUGAGAAGAUUGUUGUACACAAAUAUUUUCUCCCAUGCAGUGACAAUAAAGCUCACGAUAUUGCGCUGAUUCGUUUCACCCGACCGGUACAGUACUCUGAGACAAUAAGACCGAUUUGUCUUCCGUUAAGUGAAUCGCUGCGCUAUCAUAACCAUGUCGGAAAGAAGAGUUAUGUGGCCGGUUGGGGUAAAACGGAAACUGAUAUGGCAAGCGAAAAGAAGAUGGUCGUUGACUUGAAUAUCAUGAGAUUGCAAAAGUGUGAAUCCUUUCAUAGAGUUUCGCUGAACGCGACACACAUGUGUGCCGGAGGUAUGCUCGAGCACGGUACGUGUGUUGGUGAUUCGGGUGGUCCUCUGAUGCGUCAGCAUGAAAGUUCGUGGUAUUUGAUCGGUGUGAACAGCUUUGGACCAUCAAACUGCGGUACGGCUGGUGUACCGAGUGUGUACACGAAGGUGGCAAAGUAUGUCGAUUGGAUACAGGACAAUAUCUACUAGAACAACAGCCGAAUAAUUACCGUACAUGCGCAACAUGAUAUGUGGAGCAGGGGUGAUAGCACAUAUUGUGUAAAAUUUAUACCGAGAAUGCAUAUUUUGAAUUGAACCAUAGGCUUUUGCAGGAGUGAUCUUUGAUUCAAAAUUUCCUUUCGAUGCUCAUUGUGCCUAUACUGAGCAAAUCACAAAAAAUCAUUAAAAUCUUGUUCAAAAUGUUAGGAUAUGGAAAAAAAUCUGGCAAAUCGAUAGAUAUUUAUUAAAUUUUAUGAGGCUAAUUCUAAAAUAGCUGUAAAUGAUCGAAAUAGUAUGGAUAAAUAAACAGAAAUUUGAAAAAUA